GAGCGCCCCGUGAAGUGAAGUGACGCGAAGUGACGUGACGUCACGGCAUCAUGUCGACUGUCGGCGUGCGCCAUCUUGAGAAGGAAUAAAAAAAAAAUCACGGGGGUGAAGCUGCGCGCGCGCCGCGGUCCUCGCGCCGAACCCGAGAUCCGGUUUUUUCUUUUUUGGCGAACGAGCCGCGUCGCGCUCCGGCUGCAGGGUUAUAACGCGCCGGGACUCGGGAGUCAGUGAGCUCGAGGCCGGAUUCUCCGCAGAAACGAAGCGAUGGCAGGGGUCGGUGGAGGGAACGACUUCCAGUGGUGUUUCUCGCAGGUAAAGGGAGCCGUGGAUGAAGACGUGGCUGAAGCGGACAUUAUCUCAACGGUUGAAUUUAACUUCUCUGGGGAAUUACUAGCUACAGGAGAUAAAGGUGGAAGAGUUGUCAUAUUUCAGCGGGAACAAGAGAGUAAAAACCGCCCUCUCUCAAGAGGAGAGUACAACGUGUACAGCACUUUCCAGAGUCACGAACCUGAAUUUGAUUAUUUGAAAAGUUUAGAAAUUGAGGAGAAAAUCAAUAAAAUCAGAUGGCUACCACAGCAGAAUGCUGCUCACUUCCUGCUCUCUACAAACGAUAAAACCAUCAAGCUGUGGAAGAUCAGUGAAAGGGACAAACGAGCAGAAGGCUACAAUCUAAAAGACGAAGACGGACGUCUCAGAGAUCCUUUUAGAAUCACGAAACUAAGGGUACCCGUGUUGUUGCCUAUGGACCUGAUGGUGGAGGCGAGCCCACGCAGAAUAUUCGCAAACGCACACACUUACCAUAUCAACUCCAUUUCAGUAAAUAGUGAUCAUGAAACAUACCUUUCUGCAGAUGACCUAAGAAUAAACCUAUGGCACUUAGAAAUCACAGAUAGAAGUUUUAAUAUUGUAGAUAUAAAGCCUGCCAACAUGGAGGAACUGACAGAGGUGAUCACGGCUGCCGAAUGCCACCCUCACCAGUGCAACGUGUUCGUCUACAGCAGCAGCAAGGGCACCAUUCGUCUGUGUGACAUGCGGGCAGCAGCACUCUGCGAUAGGCAUAGCAAAUUUUUUGAAGAACCUGAAGAUCCGAGCAGCCGGUCAUUCUUCUCUGAAAUUAUCUCCUCUAUAUCUGACGUCAAGUUCAGCCAUAGCGGCCGAUACAUGAUGACUCGAGACUAUCUCUCUGUGAAGGUGUGGGACCUAAACAUGGAGAACCGGCCAGUAGAGACCUACCAGGUACAUGAAUACCUACGUAGCAAGCUGUGCUCACUGUACGAGAACGACUGCAUUUUUGACAAGUUUGAGUGCUGCUGGAACGGAUCGGACAGUGCCAUCAUGACUGGCUCCUACAACAACUUCUUUAGAAUGUUCGACAGGAACACGCGGCGUGACAUCACACUGGAGGCGUCCCGUGAGAACAGCAAACCGCGGGCCAUGCUCAAACCACGCCGAGUGUGCACAGGUGGCAAGAGAAAGAAGGAUGAGAUCAGCGUGGACAGCCUGGACUUCAACAAGAAGAUCCUGCACACGGCUUGGCACCCUAAAGAGAAUGUCAUAGCCGUGGCUGCCACCAACAAUCUGUAUAUAUUCCAGGACAAAAUAAACUAAACUAAUGAAA